UGCUUUCUCCGUUCAACUCAGGUUUCUUCGCCUGAGUGGGCCGACUUACCAACAUGGGAGCUAUCCGCGCUCUCGGCAGUUCUUAGCUGAGGCCUGAAGCUCAGUUCAACUUUUAAUGCUCCGUCGUGAUUAGGGCCUCUGAGGUCUUUAUUAUGAUGGGUUUUGCCCUGAGGCCCUCUUGACAAUGAACUAGACCAAGUCAUUCACUUCUCCGUCUUUCUCUUCUGCCCGACAGCUCUUUUGGCUGUUUCUCUUUCCCUUCAUUUGUACCUUUUCAAUAUUCUUUUUGUCUUUACAAUAUUCGCAGGUGCCUAGGUCUGGACUUGGGCAUACGGAGUACACGCUCUUUAAUUUACUUCCGGCUUGAUCUCUGUCUUGUUUGGAGGCUUUCCACCUUCAGCUGUUAGAAGCAGCAAAUACGAUCAUUGAUUUGAAGACUGGAAAGUCUCGAAACACAGGCAGUAUCGGGCCAAUAUGCAUUCACUACAGUCUUUUCUCUUCCUGCUGCUCCUUGGCUACGGUGUGUUCGCUGCACCAACGUCGCCACGAGCUCAAUCUCAGGGCAGGUCCUUCAAGGUUGAGCGGAUCAAGCGUGGAAACUCCAUUCACGGUCCGACUGCUCUACGCAGAGCCUAUCGGAAGUUUGGCAUAGUUCCUACGACCUUUGGCGUCGAUCUGUCGGACUUUGAGCCUUUCAACACGACAUCUAUCUCAGGCACCGCUGCCAAUCUACUUGUAACCGACGCCCAGGAGCCAGAGCAGACCGGUGCAGUCAGUGCGCAAUCUGUCCAGAACGAUGCUGCUUUCGUCAGCCCUGUGACGAUCGGUGGGCAGAAAAUAGUGAUGAACUUUGACACCGGCUCAGCAGACUUCUGGGUGAUGAACACGGAGCUUCCGGCGAGUGCUCAGGUCGGCCACACUGUCUUCGAUCCUUCCAAGUCGUCCACUUUUAAGAAGAUGGAAGGAGCUACUUUUGAGAUCAAAUACGGCGAUUCGUCUUUUGCUAAUGGUGGCGUCGGAACUGAUACCGUUGACAUUGGUGGCGCAACCGUUACCGGUCAAGCGAUUGGUAUCCCGACGAGCGUGUCCGAUUCCUUCGUGGAAGAUACCUACUCGAACGGUCUCGUAGGCCUGGGCUUUUCGUCCCUCAAUACAGUCCAGCCUCAGCAGCAGAAGACGUUCUUCGACAAUAUCGCCGACAGUCUGGACGAGCCAGUCAUGACGGCGCAUUUGAAGAGCGAUGGUGUCGGCGAGUACGAGUUCGGAAUCAUUGAUCAAACCAAGUACCAAGGCGACAUGAUCAACGUGACCGUGGACUCCUCGGGCGGUUUCUGGCAGUUCCAGUCGGCCCAUUACAAGGUCGGAGAUGGUUCUAUCCAGACCAUCCAGAAUACUGCUAUUGCCAUCGCUGAUACCGGCACUUCAUUGAUGCUUCUCGAUGACACAGUAGUAAAUGCCUACUACGCGCAGGUCAAAGGCGCGCAGUAUGCCAGCAGCGCCGGCGGUUACAUCUAUCCCUGUGGUACUGAACUGCCUAAUCUCGCGGUUGCUGUCGGCGCAAAGCACUUGGCGACGGUACCUGGCACGUUCCUGGAUUUUGCAGAGGUUGGAAUUAACAAAACGACGGGACAAACUGUAUGUUUCGGUGGUAUCCAGUCCAACCAGGGCACUUCGAUGCAGAUCCUUGGUGACGUCUUCCUCAAGGCUUUUUUCGUCGUCUUUGACCUGCGAGGCCCAUCUAUUGGACUUGCCUCGCCCAAGUAGUCUGACUGCUUGUUGCCAAAAAUGCAACAUCUUUUAGAUGUUACAGCUGGCUCCAUAUUCGUUCUGUAUAUCCUUACAGUUAGACUGUCUCCAUAGAUCUAAAUAAUACACCGCAACUUGGUUUCCAAUAUUGCAAACUGGAAUCUGCCG